AUGCGCUCUCCCUUCCCAUAUAGGGGCAGGAAACCCGGCCGUAUUUCGCCAGGGGGCAUACACCGGCACUCUCCACAAGUUCGCUGGAGAGAGCCGGGUUUUAGAGGCCUCGCGAGGGAGGCCACCAAAUAUGAUGUCGGAGUUUCAAGCUGCGUAUGCUGUGAUGGACGUAGCUUUGGCAAUGACCGAAAAUCUCGUGACCGUUCCAAUGGUACCAAUAAAUCAAGCAAAGGCCGGUCAGGUGUAAGGUUGAAGUAUAGUGACGCCACUGCUGGCGGAACCACGUCUAAUUCGCCGGCGCUUCGAAACGGUGCAAACUAA